AAACGCGCGACACACCACAUUCGCUUGUGGUGAGCAAAUCUGAGCCCCAACGAGUCCCGUCCCAGAUCUGCCCUCGCCCACGUCACGCCCACGCCCUCGCCCGCCCAGCCCUGCCAGCUGUGCUAACGCGGUGCCAGCCUAUCGUGAGCCAUGUACGCAGGCAACUAUGGCUUUCCCAAUGGUGUUCCCCCCGUUGGAUCGCAAUACAAUGGCGGCGCCCCACACUCAGCUGCUCAGAACCCUCAUUUGCAGCCCGGUCAACCGUCUCAUAACCAGACAUCAAUGUACCAUCAUCAGCAAUUCCCCGUCGGCGCGCAACCCGGAGUCGCUUUCCCUGGUGCUCCUAACAUGAUGCCGGGCCCUGGCCCUGCAGGAAUGAUGCAGAAUACCGGUAUGCCGCACAUGGCUGCCGCCAAUAGUUCGAGUAAGCACCUUUCCUUCCAUGCUUUAAAGUUCUUUAUCCCUUAGCCGCGGCCUGUGUUGCCCUACUCCUCACAUGCAAAGCAACCCUAAGCAUAUUCACAAGAAACACCAAUACUCGCGUGGUCUCCCGCUUUCGCAAGGGUUUCCCGGCUGAUAAAGACGUGAACUUAAGCGAUGCU